CUCACCUGAAUAUUUGCAAUGGUGUUUUUCAAUGUACCAAGACUUCUGGACUUUAAGAAUUCUCCGCCACACCUUCAGUUCAACAGGUAUGUUUUGACUGGAUAUCGCCCCGCAUCCACAUGCACAGGAUGUUUAAGAAGUCUCUUUUACCUGCACAAUGAAUCUGGAAAUAUCUACACGCAUGGUGUUCCGUUUGUUUGCUUUCUUUUGCUAUUGCCUCUCAGCAUUCCCUGGUCUGAAGUGGAUGAUCAGUGGCUUUGCUUUGUGCACUACCUAGCCUGCCUCUCUCCCACUGUUGGCUCAGUACUCUAUCACAUCUUCAUGAAUCAUGAAGGCGGAGCUCGAGUCUAUGAUGCCCUGCUCUGCUUCGACAUGUUCGGCGUCUGUCUCGUCAACACUCUGGGUGCUUUGCCAAUCGUGCACAUCACUCUCCUAUGCCAGCCCUGGGCGCGCCAUGCUGCCAUGUUUGGCUACGUGCUCUUCUCUUGCCGUGGUGUCCGUGAGGCGCUAAUUGCUCGGAGUGGUGCUCGACGUCUGCAAUCAUUUGCAUUCCAAGCCUUGUUCCGGGCAUUCCUGUUUUUCCUGCGCUGGUUCAAACUUGGCACUGGAAACCCUAAGUCACUCCAUCUAUAUGUCAUCAUGGACGUGCUGGCUUUGAUGGGUGGUCUGGUCAAUGUGUGGCGUGUUCCUGAGCGAUUCAGUCCGGGCACGUUUGACUACUGGUUAAACAGUCACCAGAUCAUGCAUAUAGCAGUCAUUCUGGCCAUAUUGUACUUGCACUGGGGCACCAUGGAGGAUUUGGCAUGGCUGAAGGGCUAUGAGUGUCCUCAGAAAUGAACGAAAUAAUAUCUAGUAUACUUGCUAGGGUGGGAGCAAUAUUAAAAAAGUACAGGUAACAUAUUUUUGUCUUCAGCACACCAUGUACAAGUGCUUUGCAGUGGCUCAGAGGCCGAAGUUGGAAUAUUAAGACUACCGCCUAAGCUGCAUUCAGAAAUGAGAAGCAGUUUGCUCAUGCCUGAAUAUAAAGUUAGCAUAUAAUGCUGCCUUAUAAGAUCCCUUAAUCUUUCUGUCCAACGUUUCCCACAAUGAAUUAAAAAAUCGUGUCCAAAAAUCCACUGGGUGAGAGAGAAGUUCCUGUAUAAAUUUACAUUGUCAGUAAUAAUUCCAACUCAAGAUUUUAUUUCUUCUGUCUUGGAGA